AUGGACGCCCAAAUCAUGGAUGAUGGAAAAAAGAUAGUGAGCAAAGGGCCGCUGCCUGGAGGUCGUCAGGGCGCGUCUGGAGCUGGCUCUGAACGCGACAGCAUGUGGACCGCCAGCCGAGCGCGGGGUGCUGCAAGACCACCUAACAGCCCCCCGCAUCUAUCAUCCACACCAGAAGGCUUGGUGUCGGCUGAGUCUUCUCGGACUCAGCAAGCGGCACCCGCCGCUGGUGGAGCACGUCGCAUGCGUUGGUCACAAUUAAUGAACGCAAACACACUGCGGGCGUAUUUUAGGGCAAAAGUGGAAGAAACUGGAUGUUUGGCGUAUCGGGCUCGGAUGUAUCGCUUUUUUGCAGAGCUGGAGCCAUCUCUAUCCGUCACUGAGCAAAACCUGGCAGAUCGAGUUCGGUACAUCCUGCGCUCCAACAUACCGAACUUGAACGACUACGACGUGAGGCUGUUCCCUCAUCGAAUGGAAAUGCUACGGCUGGGAAUGCGGCGCCACUAG